GUGCCUCUGUUUCUCUUAUCCUCACUCUACGGAAGGAAAGAAAGUUGGGUCUAAAACGUUAUUUGGUUUUGACACAAAUCUGAUUGGGCAAUGAGAGACAAAUUUCCGCUGUGUGUUGAGCUCAACCCUAUAUAAGGUCCUCACCAGGAAUUUUCAGUCUGAUAGCUUCUUUUUGUGAGAUGCUUAUGGCUGAAAGACUACAGAAACACAGAUUUCAAAAUAUUUUCCUUCCACCCUCUUCUUCUGAUUUCCUGUGGAAAAAAAUGCAUGGGCUCUUCUUUAUCCUGGUGACAUGCACAGUAGGUGCCUCCGCUUUCAGACUCCAGCAAGUCAAAAACACAGAAAACUGCCCAGAUCACACCGUGUUUUUCAAACACUACUAUGAACUGCAUGGAGAACCUGUGGUUCUGAAAUGCCCUUCCCCCAGAUACAAACAUUUGGAUUUCUCUGCCUUGACCCCUAAUAUCACAUGGUAUAAAAAUGGUUCAAACACCAUGAUAUCAGGAAGAGAUGAAGAUUCAAGAAUCUGGGCGAAAGGAAAUGCACUCUGGCUUUUACCAGUGAUGUUAGAAGACUCAGGAGUAUAUAUCUGCACAAGAAGGAACGCCUCCUACUGCGCCGAGGUCUCCAUCCACCUCACAGUUGUGGAGAAAACAGCUGCUUGGGAGAUUGCCUAUCCUCAGGUCCUCUUCACUUUCACCGCUGGAAAGAUUGUUUGUCCUGACCUGUGGGAUUUUACACCCAACAGGACAAGUCUGGAGCUCAAGUGGUACAAGGAUGCUCAGCCUCUGGAAGAAGACAAUGAAAGAUUCAUCAUUCUGAACGGUUCAGCAUCUCUGAUCAUGACAUCUGUGCUACCAACAGACGCGGGGUAUUACACCUGCAAGAUGCCAUUUCCAUUUGAAGGUGUGGCAUAUGAAAUCACCAGGACAAUUCAACUGGAGACUGUUGAACAAGAGAAGAGAAUUACGCCGAUAAUUGUGUAUCCAGCACAAAAGACAACAUCAGCUGCUCUUGGCUCCAAGAUGACUCUCCCUUGCAAAGUGUUUGUUGGGCUGAGCAGCCAUUUCCAAACUGAUGUGGAAUGGCUGGCAAAUGACAGCAGCGUUGACGUGGUUUAUAAACAAAGCAGAGUUACAGAGGGGGAACGACAAGAAAUUGUAGAAAAUGGUGAAAACUUCAUUGAAGUACCACUGAUUUUUGAUUCUGUUGAAGAAGAGGACUUUUACACAGACUUUACCUGUCUGGCCCAGAACAGAUAUGGAUACCAAGAACUGCCAACAAGGGUCAAGCAGGAAGCUGUUGGUCUGUCCUGGUACAUUGCAAUGAUUCCUGUUGCGCUGGCCUGUUUGAUCGUGGGAGGGAUAUGCAUGCACAAGUGCUGGAAGAGUAGAGCUGAUAAAGGAUAUACAAUACCAAAGGUUUAAAAUCCACUUGGGUUCUCCAACUGCCAACAGAACAAAAAAUCACCCUGGCUAUCUUUCACAUCAGACACAGCGAGCAUUUCAGACCUGAUGUACUGCAUUCCCAACAGACCAAUAAUAACAGCUCCUUCCCACUUUUCCCAGUCUUCUACGAUCUGAUGAAAUUAAGAAUAUGAGUUUGCAUUUUUAUGCUGCUUAGAUGCAGGAAAUCUGGUUCUAUUAUUUUGUAACUAGGGUGCAAUCUGUAGAAUACUGGAACACAAAAUUAUGCUCUGGAUUUGGGAAGGGUAGGGAAAGGGAGGUGUUCUCACCCUUUGUAAUUCCAACAGAUGUACUGUUUUGUUGGUUUUGGUUUUUUUUUUGUUGGUUUUUUUUUUUUUUUAAGGAAAAGAAACCCUUGAAAUCUAAAAAGGGAAGCUAGGGAAGCUUGCUACAGAAGAACUAUUUGACACUAGAGGGAAAAAGCGAUUUUUCUAUGUAACCAGACUAAAUUUAUUUUACUUGAGUCUAAAAAGAGCCAUUUGUUUUCCCUUUUCAGAGCCAAAUCCAGUUGUCAUGGCAACUGUAUAUCUGUGAACUUCUCCACAGAAAAACUAAAUUUGUUCACCAUUUGGAUUACACUUUGCUUAAAUAGACUGUCUCAGAAUAUCCCUCCCCCAGAGAUAACUCCAUCUGUAUAAAAGAUAACUGUACACAGAAGAAUUCAGUUCUCUUUUAUCUACCAAUAUGUUGUAGCUAGAGAUUCAUCAGCAGCUGUAACGUGUUGUCAUCUUUGCCAAGGAAAGAAUUGGGGGGAUGUUUAAGUGUUUUGAGAGUGAUUUGGCCAAUAAAAUGUUUUAUUCCUGGAAGUGACUGGACAGAUAGCCAGUAAUAAUGAACACUCUCACACUUUUGUUCCUCCAGCCCUUUUGUGAUCAGUCUGGUGUAGCUGCCGAUUGUAUCCUUUAAAUUGCAGUAUGCAAACUGGUUACACAAGAUGCAAAACACUGCCUGUUAGGUUAACCUAGCUGGAUUCUAGUCUUGACAUAAAUCUUAAGGGAGCAAUAAAUAAUCAGUGACUGUACAGUGACAGUGUUGUACUUUGGGGGUCAGAAUGAGUAAAAUUAUUUGGUUUCUUCCUCUUCAAAGAGAUACCGCUCAUGACAGCUGAGAAAUCAUUACAUGAUAUAUAAUGUGUAUUAUCUUCAUCUGUAUAGGAGGGAAGAGAACCUGCAUUAAGGCCUAGAUUAGUACAGAUCCAUAACAAACACCUCUUCCUCUACCAAUACUAAAAUAAUACCAACACCUCUCACAGGCACCAAAGAUAAAGCUUUUUCUUCAUGCAAAUCAUCCCAGAGGAUUUUCAAGCUCUGUAGGAAAAAAAAAAUCAGGAAAAACUUUGGCUCCAAAAGAUCAAAUUGUAACACACUAGAGAAGUGAAUGGCUCACAUCCAUCUGGGAGAGACCAUGACCUUAUUCCUUUCCACCAUCACUUCUGGUUGGCUCUGAGUUUGGCCCAAUAAAUAUCUGGAAGGAUUUUGAAGAGUAGGAUGUGGCUUGAGUUAAGAAAUCUUCACUCUAUUAGCAAGAACAUUCAUAUGCAAUGAGAUUCAAACCAAAGCCUCCCUUUAAAUACUCUAAAUGCUUGUUGUGAAGAUACAGGCACAGAGUUAGAGUUCUGACUCAGUUUAGGUCAAGGGCAUCCAGAGAACACCACAGGACUCACUGUUUCCAAGUGUAGAAUAUUAAAGAUGAUAAGGACCACAAGUAUUUUAUGGGCACAUGGGAAAAAGGUGGAUGCAAGUGUGGAGAAGAGUCAGUCCCCUUGGAUAUCUGUUCUUUGAAGGGAGAAAGCAAUAGAUGAACAGACCAAUAUUGGAGGGAACAUUAAAAAUGUUUUAGGAGCAUCAGGAAUGCUCAUUAUUUUCAAACAAUUGCUAAUCUGUACCUAGAGAACAAAUUAGGUUUGUCAUUAAGUGUAGUGUUUAAACAUGUGAUUUGCUCUUCCUUUCCAUCUGUAUCCUCCAAGAGUAGCGUGAUCACGCACGUGGCUGUAGGUCCAGGGUUGGAUUUCACUAAGUACUGGAAAAAACCCAGAACUUUUGGUAUUCAGAGUACUGAUGCCAUAAGAAAGUUAAAUACCUCAGAUCCUUCUUCAAAAGGAGGAGAAAAAAAAUAUGAAUAUAAGAUAAAAAUUAGGUAUUUAGAGAAUUGCUGUUACAUACUCAGUGACAUCUUGAAUACUAAAGGAAAGUAAAGAAACAAAGGCUUGUCUUUUAUGAAGUGAUAUUUGCUUCUCUGACUGCUAUAUAAUAUUCUGAAGGCUUUCCUCAUAAGUAGAUGUCUUCAGGUGAACUACAGAGUGUAAAUAUUUUACAGAUAGAUUUGAACAAGUGAUCUACAUAAUGUAAAUGCUUUACACUGACUUGCAUCAUUAUACUCAAGGGCAACAUGGUUUAUCUGGGUUUUGAAAAUGUUAUAUGGAAAACUGGCAAACAAAUAAACCAAAAUUCUGGUAUGUGAGUUGAGUGGGAAGAGAGAUGUGAAAUAUGUUUAUUUGAGGAUGGCAGCUCUUUUCCAAACCUGAGAAGAAGUACAGUAUUAGGGAACAUCAAGGAUUCGGGGCUCUGCACAACAAUGUUUCUCUUCAGAAAAAUUAUGGAUGUAAUGAGGACAAGGUCACCUUGUUCCUGGGACUGUGUGGGUUUAUAGCAUUUUCCAGAGAGCGAGUCUAUCUGCAACAACUUCAGAGGCACACACAAAUUGAGUAAACAACUAUUUUCUAGUUUUCAGUGUAUGUGAUCUUGGUGUCAUUUAUCCAUCUAAAUAAGCAGCAUAACUGAUGUUUGACCAGAGUAGCACCCGAACCGAACCUAAAUAUAAUGUGAAAAGCACCAAAUAAUUUCAUCUGCUGGUUACCAAACAAAACCAUUAAAUAAAUGUGGGAGCAGGUGAAAACAAGGGCUGACCUUGAGUUGACUUCACUGAUCAAGACAAGAAAGUUAAAUUUUAAAUUCUAGUAGCUGGGGAGGGAAGGCAUGCAUACAGGAGGAUGAGGACCUCCUUGUUGAAAUAUUAUUGCCAGGAAUAGUGGUUUAGGUAUGAACAGCUAAUUAAAGUGUUUAUGAUUUUUCUGCCUCAAGUCUGUAAAGCAACAGGUUCAGCAGGGCAAAAAAAAAAAAAGUAAAAAAUAGUUCCUACAUUUUGGAGCUGAGAACUCCAUAACCUUGCAGCUGCUAAAUAUAGCCUAGGGUGGGGUACCUCAUCCAGCCUUCACAAAGCCUAAAGGAAUACAGCUAAUCCAAGAUAGCCACUGAUGUUUUCUCUCCACUCAGUGGAGAAAGACUUCUCUAUUGUGCCUAAAAUAAGUGCAGUGAGUUGCAUCUCAGAGGUGUCUGUCCUUUUCCACCAGUUUAAGACGAAGUGAGAUGAAUCCAUUCAGCAUGGAUUCAUGGAUAAAGGAAUGACUGGUUGUGGAUCACUGAAUUUCGGAUUAUCAGAGAGGUUACAAAAAGAAUCAGUCUAAAGCCCAGAGACACCUUGUCAUGUAGUCAAAGCUGCUGGGCCUUCUUGGGAAAUUACUUUACUGCUGGCAGCUCUGUAUAGAGCAAGCACAGGCUUGCACUAAAUGAAAAUACUGUAAGAGGUUGAGAGGCAGGCCCAAAGGUAUAUAUUGUGGAAUCCAGCAUAAGAGGGAGGCUGAAAAUAUCUAGCUGGUGCCUUGGAAAAACAUUUGUGGCUCACAGAUUGUGUAGUCAUGAAGUGCCACAGCUAUUGUGAAAGAAAAGAAAGCUAUCCUGUGGGCAUGGCUGAAGUACAGAGAGCCCUGCUGGGACCAGGAGGAAGUCUGCUGAAUGACUGCAGGUGAGCUGGGGCCUGUCACCCUUUCCAGAGCACUCAGCCAGCUCAGCUCCCAUGGCAGACAGUGUCUGCCUGCUCCUUCCUGGCUCUGCUGGGCUACCGCAGAAAACUGGAAAAAAGUUAUGCAGGAAAGGAAAUAUCAUAAACUAACUUGCUUCCAGUGGAAAAACUCAUGUAAUUGAUAAGAAAACCACUUAUAUGCAUAUAUGUAUAUAUAUAUUCUGCUUUAGUGUCUUCAUUGCACUGGAAACUACAGUCUCUAUCAGUUUAUACAUUGCCUAGUAUACACAAUGUAAAGAGCUUAAUAAAGCAACUGAAAUAUAACUCCAGUCAGUUUUCAAGAAGAGCAUAUUAUCUUCCUGAAAUUCUUCAGCCAGGCACUAAUAACAACAACAACAACAACUAUAAUAAUAAUAAUAAUAAUGAGGAAACUUCUGAAAACUCAUGCAGAACCAAGCUCACUUGUUAGAGCUUGGGAAAUUCAUCCAUUUCUGAAUCUUUGACUGCAAAGUGUAGUUUGGCUCUUAUAGUUGUGUGUCCCUUCUACCCAUUUUAAGUUUUUGCCCCAGUCUAAAUUGUCCCAGAACCUGACAAUGACUUCAGGUGUAAACAGGAACUCCUUUGUAACGUGUU